UCACAAAAAAAUUUUUUCAAAAAAAAAAACAAUCUGUGUCACAAUUUCAUCGUGAAUUUUUUUUAAAAAACAAUUAAUUUAUUUAUCCUUUGUAUCUUAAUUAAUAUAUAAUACUGAUUUAUUCAUAAAAUUUAAUAGAAUGCCUCCUUUAACAUCAUCACAAUCUGUUACUGCUCUUUCACACACUCUUACAACAAGAACUUCAAGAACUACUUUAAAUAAUUUUAAUACAAUAAAUUCAAUACGUCCAACAACGAUGUUUACAACCUCACGACAACAACGACAGCAACAACAACAGCAACAACGACAACAACAUCGACAACAACAGACACAUCAUCAUCAUCACUCAAAUUUCCGUUCACAAGCUUUACUUAAACUUAGUAGUAUAUUACCUCCUGCUUCAACAAAUUUACAAAUUAAUUUAAUUGAACCUAUACUUUACUUUAGAGGAGAUACUGAAGAAUCUGUUGGUUGUUUUCUUAGGGGUAAUUUAAUAUUAAAUUUACCUAAACCUACAAAAAUUCGUAAAAUUGAAAUGAAAUUUGUUGGUAAAGUGAAAACUUUUUGGCCUGAAGGAAGAAAUUAUUAUGGAUCGGCAUCAAAUCGAAAUGAUUCGUGUGAAGAACAAGAAAUCAUGUCCCAUAAUUGGUCAUUCCUUUCAUCUUCUACUUCUUCUUCCUCAUCUUCAUCUCCAUUAAAUUCUGGUUCAAACUCCAAUCGUUUUAAAAUUUUACGUCGUUCUUCAAGUACAUCUAAAUUUAACUUAAUUCCUGCUGGUAUACAUAAAUAUCCUUUUGAAUUAUUUAUACCAGGAAAUGUUCCCGAAACUAUUGAUACAGAACGUGGUUUAGUACACUAUAAAUUAAGUGCUACAGCAAUUCGAUCAGGAUUAUCGCCAAAUUUACAUGUAUCACAAUAUGUACCUAUAAUUAGAACUAUUCUCGAAGAAAGAAACUCUGAAGGAACUGCUAUUUCAAGUGAUUGGAAUAAUCAAUUAGGUUAUGAAAUUACUAUUCCUAAGAAAGCUUAUCCUAUUGGUGAUUCCAUUGAUAUUGAUUUAAAAUUGAAACCUAGAUCGAAAAAUAUUAAUAUUGCUGGAAUUAAAAUUCAAAUGGAAGAAGAAUCUGUCUUUAAAACUAAAGGUCAAAAAAGUACUGACUCACGUACUUUAUUAGUACAUAAAGUUAAUAAUUUUGCCGAACAAAUUUUAAUAUCCGAUAAAAAUGUUUCAAUUAAUAAUAAUAAUAUUCAAGAAGGAACUAGUUCUUCAGCUCAAAUUAUUCAAGACGAUGAUGAAAAUUUAUUUUAUCAUAAAAAUAUUUUAUUACCUAUUCCAAAAUGUUCAAGUCCUAUAUAUUUUUCAUAUAAAUCUCCUUCAAUUAAUAUUUCACAUCAUCUUAAAAUCAUUUUUACAAUAAAAUCCGAUAACAAUGAAGAUGGUAAAAAGAAGAAAAAGAAAUAUGAUAUUAAAGUGGAUAUUCCUAUUACAUUACUUUCUUGUAGAUGUGCAGAAGAUUUACCUCAAUAUGAAGAUGAUUCACCUUCAUAUGAAUCUCCCCCAUCAUACGAACAAUCAACAAAUGACGGAAGGCAAUCACAACAAUAUGAUGUUCGACACAAUAGUACUAACACAAUUACAACAAUUACGAAUCAAAUGAAUGAAUUAUAUCAUCCUCCAUUGGAACGAUUAUUAACACUUUAAUUUUUAAUUUGUAUUUUGUACAUAAAGAAUUUUGUAUAUAAUAGAUCCAUUAAAAAAAAAAAUUCAAAAAUCAUCUAUUAAUAUAAAUUACGAUUAGUAAUGGGUAAAAUUCUCAUGUUGCUAUAGUUUAACCUGGAUAAACUGCUUACCAACUUGUUUAUGUAAACGACUACCCGACUCUCCUGGUUGUAUAUUAACCAAACCCGAAUGAAAAUCUUUUCCUUUUUGAGUUAUCAAGGUUCUUGGCAUAUUUUUUUGAGCCAUACUUUUUAUAGUAAAACCAUUUUUUGUUUUUAAACCUUUUCACUAAAGUAUUUAGAACAUAACAGUCUUUAGAACAUUAUUUCAUGUUAUAUUAUACAGAAUUUAAACCUUAAAUGUUUCUUUUAUGAAGAAAACUGACAAUAUCCAUGACUAACUACUUCAGAUAUUAUUGAAAAUAAAACUAAUAAAGAAA